AAUCUUACAGAGAAAAACUGCAAGAUCGCCUUCUCAUUUUCUCCAGGACUCCUCCUCAGAGGUGUGCUAAACACACACUCUCUCUCUCUCACACACACACACACACAGCUGGAUUGAAAACAGAACGAAGAGAACGAGAUUAAUUUCAGACCUUGUUUCUGAGACGUCAUUCUGUAUUAAGUAAAUAUCAACAGAAAGGAAUGGAGCGACCAUCGAGGGUUUGGCUGGUGUUCACCAUGCUGUUAUCUUUUCCACUUUGUUCUUUUGCUCUGGACAAACUGAACAUGUGCAUGGACGCUAAACAUCACAAAAUUGAGCCGGGACCAGAAGGAGAACUUUAUCUGCAGUGUGCUCCUUGGCGUGAGAAUGCAUGUUGCACUGCGAACACGUCAACUGAAGCUCAUGAAGAUAACUCGUACCUAUACAACUUUAACUGGAAUCACUGUGGGAUCAUGAGCGAAAAAUGUAAACAGCAUUUCAUCCAGGACACGUGUUUCUAUGAGUGUUCUCCUCACCUGGGGCCGUGGAUCCAGCCGGCGGACAACACUUGGCGGAGGGAGCGCAUAUUGGACGUGCCAUUGUGUUUGGAGGACUGUGACUCAUGGUACAAUGACUGCAAAAAUGACAUCACUUGCAAAGAAAACUGGCACAAGGGCUGGAACUGGACUUCAGGUACAAACCGCUGUCCUGCUGGAGCUAAGUGCGAGAAGUGGACAGACAUUUUCCCCACCGCUCAGAGCAUGUGUGAGAAAAUCUGGUCAAACUCCUACAAGUACACCACGUACACCAAGGACAGCGGCCGCUGCAUGCAGAUGUGGUUCACGGGCCAGAACCCUAACCGAAAAGUGGCAGAGUUCUACCUGAACCACGGCUCUCGAACAGAGGUGGCCAUGAUGACGAGCCUCACCCUCUCACUUGCUGUCCUUCUCUCAAUGCUUUGAAAUGCUAAUGAAAAGAAAACCUAAGAAAAAACA